AUGACAGAAGAGAAAUCGGUUGGUAUUCUAGGUAUCGAGUAUCAGUUGCCAUGUAACAAGAUGGAUGAAUCUGAGGUAGCUUUUGAAAUAGGUUGGGACAUAAACAAAAUUAAAAUAGGCUUGGGUAUGCAUGAGGUCGGAGUAGUUGGCUACAAAGAAGAUGUUGUUAGUUUAGCACUUUCUGCUGUUGAAAAUCUUUUAGUUAAAUAUAAUGUAAAUGUUAAAGAUGUAGGAAAAAUAGAAGUAGGAUCAGAAUGUCAUUUUGAUGGUGCUAAAUCAAUCAAAACUUAUUUACUUCAGCUAUUUAAAGACAAUGAUUCUAUAAGUGGAUGUGAUUCAAUUAAUGCUUGUUAUGGAGGGACAAAUGCACUUUUAAAUUGUUUGGCUUGGAUGGAAUCUUCGUUUUGUAAACAUAAGUAUGCUAUCGUGGUCUGUACAGAUAUUUCUAUGUAUGAUGAUAAACCCAUUAUUCCUACAUCAGGUGCAGGGGCUGUAGCAAUGUUAGUAGGCAGGGAUCCCGUGUAUAAAGUAUUACCUCACACUUUAUUUACUUACAGUUCUAAUGAAAAAGACUUUCUAAAACAUAAAUCCAGAUUUUUUCCCUAUGUUGAAGGUAAAGAAUCAAUAGAAGUGUAUAAAAAAACAUUUAAAAAGGUUUUUGAUGGUUUAGUUGACGAUUUCUCGCAUAAUAUUUUUGAUUACAUUGCUUUCCAUGCUCCUUAUCCAAAACUUGUUAGUAAAAUUUGUAAUGAAUACAAUAUACCCCAGGAAAAGGUAGAAGAUUCUUUGUUAGCAGCAAGACAUAAUGGUAACACUUAUACGGCAUCUUUGUAUUUUAGUUUAAUUUCGCUUAUAUCGAGUAAAAAAAUAAAAGUGAAUGAUGUUGUAUGUUUAUUUAGUUUUGGUUCUGGAUGUGUAGGAUCUAUCUUUUGUAUUCAAAAGGUUAAAGAAGGAUGUGAAAUUGAUGAUUUUAAGGAAAGACUUGAUGCAAGAAAAUCUAUAACGUUUGAAAAAUAUAAGGACAUUUUAGAUAACAUGAGUAAAUAUGUGAUAAAGGAUGUGGAGGAUGAGAAUAUUAAAGGCUAUGCAAUUGCAAAGGAAGAAAAUUAUUUUAGAACUUAUGAAAAAUAUUAA